AUUUCAUCAAAAUUCAUUCAUUCUUUUUACUCUUUCUUUUACAUAUUUGUAAAUCAAAAUAGUUUUAGUUUUUUGGUCUUACUCUUACAUAAUGGAGACAUCAUCACUAAACUCAAACUAUACCCUUUUUCCAUUGAUUGAUAUCAGUAUGAUCUUGUUGUUUCUUAGCUUGACAUGUCAUGACAGGUUUAGGAGUUUCAUCUCCAGAUAUUAUUGGUCUUUCCCACAAUCCAAACAUGGCAGCUCAAAGACAUCAUCCUCAAGUCGGGAGAAAACCCAGAAUUAUGAGUGCCUAAGCAAAGAGGCUUCAUUUAAUAAUAAUAAGGAAGAUUGUGCGAUAGUUUGCAGAAAAGAUGUGGAGAAGUUUAUGGGAAAUCUGGGAAUUUUUUGCAGCCUAGAAAGUGAGGAGCUACAGGAAUCCUAUGGUUCUGAUGAGCUUUCCAGGCUGUUUGAGGAAGAAGAGCCAAGCUUGAAAGAGUUGAAGGAGGCUUUUGAUGUCUUUGAUGUGAACAGAGAUGGGUUUAUUGAUGCACAAGAGCUGCAGAGAGUUCUCUGUAUUUUGGGUUUGAAGGAAGGUUUAAAAGUGGAUAAUUGCAACAAAAUGAUCGAAAACUUCGAUGAAAAUAGAGAUGGAAGAAUAGAUUUUCAGGAAUUUGUAAAAUUCAUGGAGCACAGUUUUUGCUGAAUCAGUAUAAUAAUAUUCAGAUACACUGAUUAUUUUACUUA